UGUCUCCGAUGAUACUUCAUCCGAUGAUUUCAAUACCGCCUUUUAUACUGUUCUAUUGCAUCAAAAAACGGCAUUACAAUUGAUUACAAUAGAGAUCAGUGUUAAGAAGGGCACACGAAGGUUUCUGGGAUUGCAUGUUAAUUUAUGAUGAAGAGGCUUUAGGUUUUUUUUUCAAUAACUCCAACGUGGUAGCUCUGAACGGCACUCGGCGUUGUCAGGGCUGUUGAGAAAAGGAAAAACGGAAAGAAAUGGCGGACGAGAACGAGGAUCAGUGGUUAUAUGGCGAUUCCGCGGAUGGGAAGGAAUUAUCCGUGCCGAAAGUCCAACCCAAUCCCGAAGAAAAUGACACCGCCCUUGAAAAUCAGGAGGGUUCUCCACCCCAGGAACGAAACGAAGUGGACGGCGCCGAGGAAGCGCCACCCGGGGUGAUCGACGACCCACCACCUCCAGGAGUAGAUGGCGACAUGCAGCCAGAGAACGACGGCAAGGAGCCAUACAACUCCGAGACUGCCGAAAACGGAGGGAAGGAUGCUUCCAGUCAAGAGGACGGCGAAGCAGCCAGUGACUCCGACUCGGAGGACGACAUCCACGUCGUGAUCGGCGACAUAAAGUCAGCCCCUGCUUACGGCAGCUUAAAUAUCAAACGCGGGGGCUUGUUGACCAAUGCUAGUGGAGUGCCGGACAAGCUGAACAAGCAGCCUGGAAAGUUCAGUAUAGACGAGUUUGAAACAAUCGGGGUGAUCAAUGGAAUGCCAGCGCAUGAAUUUAAUCUCGAUCAGUUGGAGGACAAACCGUGGAGACAGCCUGGCGCUGAUAUCACCGACUACUUCAACUAUGGCUUCAACGAGGAAACUUGGAGAGCCUAUUGCGAGCGACAAAAGCGAAUGAGAAGCGAAUCUGGAGUAGGUUUGAUCCUAAAUGCCGGGGGCGGGGGCGGCAGCAACCCGGGUGGCGGGAUGAGAGUUCCCCAGGUCGCGAUUACGAACGAUAACAGCAAGUAUUCCGGAAUCAUGGGCCCAAAGCGAGCGGGACCGCCACCCGGGAGGAAAAUGGCUGGGACUAUUGACGUCAUUGGCAGCUCCGGGCUGGCGUCUCGCAGGAACUUGGACAAGUCACCGCCUAAGGAAAACGUCAUUCAAGUGAUGACUGCUGACCGAAGGGAGUACUCGAGGAAACCAGGGUUCCCCGAUAUGAGCGUGCCACCCCCGGGUGCUGGCAUGCCUCCUCCGUUCGACAUGCCACCUCCUGGGUAUCCUGGCGAGCCGGCGCCGUUUUACAUUCCAGAACAAGACCCCUAUUAUCAGAGCUACGAACCCACGCAGGAUAGCCAGUGGGGUAACGACCCUACGUGGCAACCGACAAAUCUUGCCAUUCCAUUGACCGAAGGCGAGGAAGAGAAGGAUGCAGGUCCGAAAACGAUUCCUACGAUGGUUCCGCCGACGUCGAUUCCUCCAUUGCUGCCACCGCGCGAUCAGAGGGAAGGCAGGGAAAGGGACCGAGAGAGAGAUCGCGAGAGAGAAGGAGAAGUCAUCGGACGAGAACGAGACAGGGAGAGAGAUCGCGAGAGAGACCGAGAAAGAGAGUCCAGCACAAGGGACCGAGAAAGGGAGAGGGAGUCCGUUGCCAGAGAGGAAGACAGAGAGAGAGACAGGUCGAGAUCACAAUAUCGACACAAAGAAAGGCACAGGCAUCGAUCGAGGUCACGCUCUCGACGCCACAAAUCCAGAUCCCGAAGUCCUAGUCGUCGUAAGAAGAAAUCCCGACGUUCCGAGAGGGAACGUUCCAAGGAGGAGAGCGAGUGAAACGCAAUCUCCAUGAAAGAUUCAUUUCCACGUGGUGAAAAGCCUCGUCGGAUGCAAGUGCUCCUGCGAGCCUGAAGAGUGUCUGUGCAUUUCCAGUUAUCGGAAUCGUCCUUGUACUCUCCAGACGUUGAUUUUUACUCCCACAGGACAUUGAUUCAUGAAAAAAACACGGACCAGACGGAGAACUGGACACUUUCAGUAUUCCCUGACACCUUUCCUUUUCUUCCGUCGAUCCAUCGGUGCUCUGACAGCGAAAUCGAACGAUUGGUCAAUAAUAAGAAGUUAGCUAAUAGAAGUUCUACGACUCUUUGGAGAUCCUUUGACGCUUCCAGGUGAAAUAGAGCGGAUUUUAUUAGACUAUGAUUGCAACGGCACAUGUAUAUACGAAGUAUUAGAUUGGUAAGGGGGAAUUAUCCUCUCCUAAGUAUUGUACAGUCUCAAACGUGGAAUCUUGUGCACGGCAGUUUGAAUGCAAGCUUGAAUCAAUUUCUCCAGGUGUGCAGUUACAAAUAAAGGCGAACGAAAUGUUUUUUGUAUAGAA